ACCUCCCCCUCCAAUCGUGACUCCUCCGACCAGCAUGACCCCUCGUCCAAGCCUCAUUGCACGAGCAGCAUGGCGGCGUGUGUGGUGGUCGGCGAGCGAGACGGGGGAUGGGAGAGAGACGGUAGGCCCUUGCCCACCUCCCCCCGUCUUAUAUACCGCCCUCUACCGCGCACGGACCCUUUGCAAGCCGAGUACGAAUCCCUA